GAGACGGGAGCCGGCGACAGCAGCCCCAGCAGGGUGUCGUGCGAGGCGUACGGGUAUUCUAGUGCUGCGUUGUAAUUUGGUUGGGAAUUGAUAAUUUUUAUUCAUUUAUUUAAAAUUCAUAAACGGUACUUUUUUAAUCAUUAAUCAGAGCAACGAAUAACCACUUGAAAUGCAUUUUUUCAUCAUUUUGCCAUAGCAUACUCAGCACUACCGCGAUUUCGCGCGAAAUUUAUCGGUCUCCGUUCCCGCUCGAAUUUCGCUUUGUGCAUUGUCUUGGGCCGCGGCCGCCCUGUUUCGCGUUGCAGCUUCAAUACCUUAUAUUCAAUACGGAUCAUCUGUUUCGUUCUCUAGUUGCUAUUUCUUCGAGGUUUCUAUUAUCGGUCUGGUCCAGCACUGGCACAGAAAGUCAAGUGGAUACUAUCAACUGCAACUCGGCAAGCAACUAAACAUAAAUGAAGGACAUCAUGUAUUCCAAGAUGUAUGUCAUCAAGAGGGAUGGAAGGAAGGAAAAUGUCAUGUUCGACAAGAUCACAAAUCGUAUCAACAAGCUCUGCUACAACUUAAACAUGAACUAUGUGGAUCCACCGGCCAUUACCCUGAAGGUCAUCAACGGCCUGUACCCGGGUGUGACCACCGUGGAGCUGGACAACCUGGCCGCGGAGACGGCUGCCACCAUGACCACCAAACACCCCGACUACGCCAUCCUGGCCGCGCGCAUCGCCGUCGCCAACCUGCACAAGGAGACCAAGAAGACGUUCAGCGAGGUGAUCGAUGACCUGUAUCACAUGAGGAACGCGAACAGCGGCAUCGAUAUCCCGAUGAUCUCCGAUCAGCACCAUAAGAUCAUCAUGGACAACGCGGACAUGCUCAAUUCGCACAUCAUUUACGACCGCGACUACACCUACAACUACUUCGGAUUCAAGACCCUGGAGCGAUCCUAUUUGCUGAAGAUCAACGGCAAGGUGGUGGAACGGCCGCAGCACAUGCUGAUGCGAGUGGCGGUCGGCAUCCACGGCGACGACAUCGAGGGCGCCAUCGAGACGUACAACCUGCUGUCGGAGAAGUGGUUCACGCACGCGUCGCCGACCCUGUUCAACGCGGCCACCCGCCGGCCGCAGCUCUCCAGCUGCUUCCUGCUCACCAUGGCUGACGACUCGAUCGAAGGCAUCUACGACACGCUGAAGCAGUGCGCGCUCAUCUCCAAGUCCGCUGGCGGUAUCGGUCUGAACGUGCACUGUAUCCGCGCCAAGGGCAGCUACAUCAGCGGCACGAACGGUACCAGCAACGGCCUGGUGCCCAUGCUGCGCGUCUACAACAACACGGCACGCUACGUCGACCAGGGCGGCAACAAGCGUCCGGGCGCGUUCGCCAUCUACCUGGAGCCGUGGCACGCGGACGUGUUCGACUUCCUUGACAUGCGCAAGAACACCGGCAAGGAGGAGAACCGGGCGCGCGACCUGUUCUACGGCCUCUGGAUCCCCGACCUGUUCAUGAAGCGGGUCGAGGCGGACGGCACCUGGAGCCUCAUGUGUCCGCACGAGUGUCCCGGCCUCUCCGACUGCUGGGGAGAGGAGUUCGAGAAACUCUACACAAAGUACGAGUCGGAGCAGCGGUACCGGCGCCAGGUGCGCGCCCAGGACCUGUGGGCGGCCAUCAUCCAGUCCCAGGUGGAGACCGGAACCCCGUACAUGCUCUACAAGGACGCCUGCAACAGCAAGUCCAACCAGCAGAACCUGGGCACCAUCAAGUGCAGCAACCUCUGCACAGAAAUCGUCGAGUACUCGGCGCCCGAUGAGGUGGCGGUGUGCAACCUGGCCUCGAUCGCGCUGAACCGGUUCGUCACGGACGACAAGACGUACAACUUCGAGAAGCUGAAGGAGGUGACUAAGGUGGUGACGCGCAAUCUCAACAAGAUCAUCGACGUCAACUACUACCCCGUCCCAGAGGCUCGCAAGUCGAACAUGCGGCACCGUCCGAUCGGUAUCGGCGUGCAGGGCCUGGCGGACGCCUUCAUCCUGAUGCGCUACCCGUUCGACUCUGAGAAGGCCGAGCUGCUGAACCAGCAGAUCUUCGAGACCAUCUACUACGGCGCGCUGGAGGCCUCCUGCGAGCUGGCGGAGAAACUCGGCCCCUACGAGACGUACGCCGGAUCGCCCGUCAGCCGCGGGAUCCUUCAGUACGACAUGUGGGGCGUGACGCCCUCAUCGCUCUGGGAUUGGUCGGCACUGAAGGCGCGCAUCGCCCAGCACGGCGUGCGCAACUCGCUGCUGUUGGCCCCCAUGCCGACCGCCUCCACCGCGCAGAUUCUGGGCAACAACGAGUCGAUCGAGGCGUACACGAGCAACAUCUACACGCGCCGCGUGCUCUCCGGAGAGUUCCAGAUCGUGAACCACCACCUGAUGCGGGACCUAACCGAGAUGAACCUCUGGGACGAGGACAUGAAGAACCAGAUGAUCUCAUCCGGUGGAUCCAUCCAGGGCAUCGAGGGCAUCCCUCAGGACCUGAAGGACCUGUACAAGACGGUGUGGGAGGUAUCGCAGAAGGUGGUGCUGAAGAUGGCUGCCGACCGCGGCGCCUUCAUCGACCAGUCGCAGAGCCUGAACGUGCACAUCGCCAGUCCCAACUUCGGCAAGCUGACCUCUAUGCACUUUUACGCGUGGAAGCUGGGUUUGAAGACGGGCAUGUACUACCUGAGGACGAAGGCGGCCGCCUCGGCCAUCCAGUUCACCGUCGACAAGACCCGGCUGGCAAAGAGCACGGCCGCGCCCCAACCGCAGGACGAAAAGGAGGAAAAGACUGAGUCCCCGGAGAAGACCGAGGAAGAGGCAUACAACAUGGCUGCCAUGGUCUGCUCCCUCCAGAACAAGGACGACUGCCUCAUGUGCGGAUCGUAACGAGUCUAAGUCACCAACCGACCACGACCCGGACAUUCGCCCACCUGACUCUUCGUCCCUCUCUCCCAUGAAGAUCUUCGAUAGGUAGUCUCGUUUGCUCUGCCGUGCAGAACGCUUAGCGAUCGACGCAGCAAGUCGUGAGCAGUGCAAGAAAUGUGUCCCUCUUCGCAUGUGAACAAAUGUCUGUCCGCUUGGGACCUACACCCGUCCGCAUAGAGUAGUAGUUUGUCUUUGAGGUGAUGCUUCUGACGGCUCCGCUGGCCCACCAAAGAAUGGAGAGGCCGGCCACAGCGGAAGAGGCGUUUUCCGAGUGUGACUCGGCGUUCUCCGGUGUGCCCGCCGCCCGUGUUAGCGCCUUCAUGGUGCCGGAUGUCUAAGUGUGAACCAAUUGUGCCUUUGUUAUAAACGGCUUGCAAAGAUA